CUUCCAUUCAUAAUUCACCACCAACCAUCAAAUUAGCCCAACAACAAGAAACCUACAAACAAAAUAAAUAAAAAGGUACCACACAUAAAUUUUUUACCUAUUACUAUACCAUUCAAACAUCAAGAUUUCUCCUCUUUAUUUCAUUCAAGAACCCAAAGAAGAAAAAAAACCAAAAUGAAACUCCCUUCUCUCUUCAAAAUUCCAGAAAAUUCUUCUCCUUCUCCAUUUCCAUGGCCAUUACCACCUUGUAAAAACCCUAAAACUCUCUCUUUUCGAGCCGAAAACCAUAACAUUUUCAGUGAAUAUUAUGGCUAUUCAGAGUUUUCCAACAAUGUUGAUAACAUAGAGACAGUGAUUGAAGACCUAAAAACUGAAAAAAAGAGGCUAUUUUUUGAGCCAGGAGAAACUAGUUCAAUUCUUGAAAAGGCCAAAAAUGAUGGUUUUGAUUUUGUUCCAUUUAAAGAGUCAUGUGUUGUAAUGACAAUGGAUUCAAUGGACCCUUUUUUGGAUUUCAAGAAAUCAAUGGAAGAAAUGGUAGAAGGAAAUCAUGAGAUUAAAGAUUGUGAAAAAUGUCUUGAAGAGCUUUUGACUGCUUAUUUGAAGGUUAAUGAGAAAAACAAUCAUAGAUAUAUUAUUGAUGCAUUUUUUGACUUGUUGAUUAGCCUUUCUAUUAGUAAAAAUUGUGUGGCUUCUUCUGUAACUACAACUAGCCAUUCUUUUACUUCUCCAUUGUCAUUUUGUUCUUCUAGUUUUUCUACUAGUCCUUGUUUGUCUUUGUUAGAAGCUGAGGAUGAGGUUAUUGAGAAAAAUGUUGACAGUGUAAUUUCAUCUUCAGAUGUUUGAAAAAGAAGAGAAAAUGUAGAAAAAAUAUUCUUUUA